UGCCCCUCCCCGGUGUCUGCGAUUUCCCCAGGCGCCCGGGGUGAGUGCGGCGUGCGUGUGAGUGUGUGUGCGUGUGUGUGCAUGAGUGUGGGGUGUGCGGGGCUCCUGCGCUCCGCUCCCGGCCGCCGCCGGACAGGCACGGACGGACCGCGCUGCCUUCCUGGGCGAGCGGCGCCCGGGCACCUGCGCUCGGCCCGGGCGCGAGUGGAGCGCGCGCCGCCGGCCGCCGGCCUCGGGAAGGUCCCGCUGCGUCCCCCCCGGGCUGGAUAUGUUCAUGUUCACGUGAAGAUGGAUUUAGUGUACGGGCUCGUGUGGCUGCUGACAGUCCUCCUGGAGGGGAUCUCCGGCCAAGGAGUGUACGCUCCCCCCACGGUUCGUAUUGUGCACUCAGGCCUGGCCUGUAACAUUGAGGAGGAGCGCUACUCCGAGAGGGUCUACACUAUACGGGAAGGAGAAACCCUAGAACUGACCUGUCUGGUCACAGGACAUCCACGUCCACAGAUCAGGUGGACCAAAACAGCAGGAAGUGCCUCUGACAGAUUCCAAGACUCAAGUGUCUUCAAUGAGACUUUGAGGAUUACAAACAUUCAGCGACACCAAGGAGGCCGGUAUUACUGUAAAGCAGAGAAUGGCUUGGGGUCCCCAGCGAUAAAGUCAAUCAGAGUGGACGUGUACUAUUUGGAUGAUCCGGUAGUAACUGUGCAUCAAAGUAUAGGGGAAGCGAAAGAACAAUUUUACUAUGAGAGAACGGUGUUCCUCCGCUGCGUUGCCAAUUCCAACCCACCUGUCCGGUACAGCUGGAGACGCGGCCAGGAGGUGUUACUACAAGGAUCUGACAAAGGCGUUGAGAUUUAUGAACCCUUCUUUACCCAGGGUGAAACAAAGAUCUUAAAACUCAAGAAUCUUCGCCCUCAGGACUAUGCUAAUUACAGCUGCACUGCCUCAGUGAGGAAUGUCUGUAAUAUUCCUGAUAAGAUGGUGUCAUUUAGACUUUCCAACAAAACGGCAUCUCCGUCAAUUAAACUCUUGGUGGAUGACCCUAUAGUUGUAAACCCUGGAGAGGCCAUAACCUUAGUGUGUGUUACGACAGGAGGAGAGCCCGUACCCUCUCUCACCUGGGUCAGGUCCUUUGGGACUCUGCCUGAAAAGACUGUUUUAAAUGGAGGAACUUUGACCAUACCUGCUAUCACCUCAGAAGAUGCUGGUACUUACAGCUGCAUCGCCAAUAAUAAUGUGGGAAACCCUGCAAAAAAGUCCACGAACAUCAUUGUGAGAGCAUUAAAAAAAGGACGAUUUUGGAUCACACCAGAUCCUUAUCACAAAGAUGACAACAUCCAGAUUGGGCGUGAGGUGAAAAUAUCUUGCCAAGUAGAAGCUGUCCCUUCUGAGGAGUUAACAUUUAGUUGGUUUAAAAACGGUCGUCCAUUAAGAAGUUCUGAGCGGAUGGUUAUUACGCAGACUGAUCCGGAUGUCUCCCCGGGAACGACCAACUUGGACAUCAUUGACUUAAAAUUCACGGAUUUUGGGACAUACACGUGUGUAGCAUCUCUGAAGGGAGGAGGCAUAUCUGACAUCAGUAUUGAUGUCAACAUAUCCAGCAGCACAGUUCCACCCAAUCUGACUGUUCCACAGGAAAAAUCACCUUUGGUCACCAGAGAAGGAGAUACAAUAGAACUGCAAUGUCAAGUAACUGGAAAACCUAAACCCAUCAUCCUUUGGUCUAGAGCGGAUAAGGAAGUCGCAAUGCCUGAUGGGUCAAUGCAAAUGGAGAGUUAUGACGGAACACUGAGGAUCGUGAAUGUGUCUAGGGAGAUGUCAGGAAUGUACAGAUGUCAGACCAGCCAGUACAAUGGAUUCAAUGUGAAACCAAGAGAAGCCUUGGUGCAGCUCAUCGUGCAGUAUCCUCCUGCCGUGGAGCCAGCAUUCCUGGAAAUCCGGCAAGGACAAGACCGAAGUGUCACUAUGAGCUGCCGGGUACUGAGGGCCUAUCCCAUACGGGUGCUGACCUAUGAGUGGCGUUUGGGCAACAAGUUAUUACGGACGGGUCAGUUCGACUCUCAAGAGUACACAGAAUACCCGGUGAAGAGUCUUUCCAAUGAGAACUAUGGGGUUUAUAACUGUAGCAUCAUCAAUGAAGCUGGAGCCGGCAGAUGCAGCUUUCUUGUUACAGGAAAGGCCUAUGCUCCGGAAUUCUAUUACGAUACCUACAACCCUGUGUGGCAGAACAGACACCGAGUUUAUUCCUACAGUCUGCAGUGGACACAAAUGAAUCCCGAGGCAGUAGACCGGAUUGUUGCAUACCGGUUGGGUAUUAGGCAGGCUGGACAGCAGCGUUGGUGGGAACAGGAGAUUAAAAUAAAUGGAAAUAUUCAAAAGGGAGAAUUAAUUACAUAUAAUUUGACUGAGCUAAUUAAACCAGAGGCUUACGAAGUCCGACUGACUCCUCUCACCAAAUUUGGGGAAGGAGAUUCAACAAUUCGUGUCAUCAAAUACAGUGCUCCUGUUAAUCCUCAUUUGAGAGAAUUUCACUGUGGAUUUGAAGAUGGUAACAUUUGUUUGUUCACCCAAGAUGAUACAGAUAAUUUUGACUGGACAAAGCAAAGUACUGCAACAAGAAAUACAAAAUACACUCCAAACACCGGACCUAACGCUGAUCGUAGCGGCUCCAAAGAAGGUUUUUAUAUGUACAUUGAGACGUCUCGGCCCAGAUUAGAAGGUGAAAAGGCUCGACUUCUCAGCCCUGUUUUCAGCAUAGCUCCCAAAAACCCAUAUGGACCCACGAACACUGCAUAUUGUUUCAGCUUCUUUUAUCACAUGUAUGGACAACAUAUAGGUUACAGGGAAAUGGUGCUAGAUGCUAAGUCAGAUCUGGAGGUAGAAAUGAAGACCAUCAGAAAAGGUGUUUUAAAUGUUUAUCUACGAUUGAAAGGGCAGACAACGAUAGAGAAUCCACUGUGGUCUUCAAGUGGGAAUAAAGGACAACGAUGGAAUGAGGCUCAUGUUAAUAUAUAUCCAAUUACUUCAUUUCAGCUCAUUUUUGAAGGUAUUCGAGGUCCCGGCAUAGAAGGUGACAUUGCCAUUGAUGAUGUGUCAAUUGCAGAAGGAGAAUGUGCAAAGCAAGACCUGACGACUAAGAAUUCCGUCGAUGGUGCUGUUGGGAUUUUAGUACAUAUAUGGCUUUUUCCCGUUAUCGUCCUCAUCUCUAUCUUAAGUCCUCGAAGGUGACCUUAUACUGGCAGAGGCUAUAAAAGAUUCACCAGGCACUGGCAUGAAGAAAGAGUCUUUGUAAAUGGACAUUGAAAAAACAAACUACCAAAGAUUCCUCUACUGACUACUGACUCAAAAAUAAAAUAAUAAAAACAAAUUUUUUUAAGCACUGGGGAUAAAAAGACAUCAUGGAAGUAUAACUUAUUCCAAACAACAUAUAAAAGAUAAUCUUGACCUGAGUAGAGAAGAGACCUUCAGGUGCUUUUGUGGCUGAAAAGAUUACAGCGUCAUCUGGUCAUCUGGUUGAACUCUGGAAAAAAAAAAAAAGAGCUAUAGAAAUCCUUGUCAAAGCACAAAGUCAUGGCUGGUUUUGUUUCAAAUGAAUAGUUUGCUUGUUACCAUGGAAACCUAAUGGCCUGCCAACAAAAACCUCACUGUAAACAGGGUACGUGAAGAGCUGGUAUUUAUUUUCCUUUCGAGAAGGUUUUACGUAGAGAAUUAAAUAAAUGUAGGCCCUUUUACCUUUGGUUGUUACCCUUCCUUGAAAAUAACCCAAACUCAGAAUUAUUUAAAGCAUUCAUGUUCCUCCAUACCCCACCUUUAUGAUUAUUCUGUUUCCCCCCAUGGCUCAGCUAGAUAAUGUAUGCUGUCUCCUUCUGCAUGCACACCUCUCCAGGGGCUCAACCUGGGCUUACAUAUUACACAGGCUUAUCGGAGUUUGCUUGCGGCCACUUGAACACCCAAACUAAGUCAUCUGUUCCAACGAAGAAACCAAACCACCAUCUUUUAUAAAUUGCCAUGGAAACCAAGUGCCUUCAAUGAAACAAGCCUGAAUAAUUUUCAACUCAGAAGCUUGCACUGCUAAGAGUGGUUUGUGUAAAACUCUUUUUCUAAACAAACUACAGAGCCUCAAUGUGCAAAUUACAGGCAAGACAACAAAGCCGCUUCUGAAAAAGAAAGGACCGGAGCUGCUGCGUGAGCCCAUGCAGAUGAGCUGCUUGUUGCUGGACCUCCUGGACGGCCAUGGCCUUCGGCUUCUUGUCCAUUAGAAAAUCACUUCCUUUGAGACCAGACGUGGGAGCAACGCUUUGUUCUUCCAGGUUAUUAACUGGGUCAACCAGAGUAAAAGGUGGUUAAGAUAACACUUAGCGCAGAAGGUGAUAAAACACACGAGUGAUUUUUUUACUCUCGCCUCCAUGUGAAAUGAAAUUGGCCCUAGCUUUAGAGGGAGCAAGAAAAUGUGUAUGAUUGCAGUGCACACAAACUCUACAGCGGAACUGGGCCUGAACAAUCUGGCUUUAUUCUAAACACUGAGGGUCGUAUGCCUCUGCCCUUUAGUCAGACUCUGUGCAAAUUGUGAAAUAUUAUUUUAUUAUUUUACCAAGAUUAAAAACACUUUUACAAAAAAACGAAAACCUGUAAAAAUGAUUUUGAGCUACCUGAGGACAAAUCAUACCUUUAACCAGCCAGUUUUCCAACGCAUUGUAAAUUUCACUUAAACCUGUUGGUUAUGAAAAUUUGAAGAUCUUUUUCCUUAAAUUAUCUCAGCUUUUAACUUCAUUUAAAAAGACUUUUGUCUAAAGAAGAAUAUUAUUAUUAUUAUUAUAUGUUCUUUCAACACCCCAGGAUUAAAAAAAAACUGAUUAUGCAAGUAAUUGGGAUAUAAGCAUUAAAUUAGAACAUUUGCAAAUAUUAAUAUAAAAAGCACAACAAAAUGUAGUGGAAAAAUGACAAAGCUUGAUUUUUUAAAAAAAUUCUGUAGAAAUGUUUGUGCAAAUUCAGUAAUUCAACUUAAAAGAUAAUUUUACAGCUAUGUUCAAUAAAGCCUCUUUCCAGGUAAGGUAUGAAAAGCUGUAUGUGUGUUUGUUGAGCAAUGUUCACUGAUCACGAAAAUGAGACUAGUUAUACAAUUUAUCGGUUCCGUGGCCCUGGGAUAAAUCUUCAGUGCUUCAUAAACCCUAAUGUCUGCGGGAAGAAAGUUUAAUAGGAACACCCUGGCGCACUCUUCUAUAUUUGUAAUAGAUGUAAAAAAAAAUGUCAAGCCUUUCAAAGUAAAAUAUGAAACAGAUAAGAAGAACUUGGAAUUUCAUGUGUAUCCUCACGGUUAAAGAGGGGACCAGUUGGAAUGUCUAGGUAGUGAUAGAAUUGAGCUAAACCAAGUCUUUUAAAUUAAAAAGAAUAAACAAGUGAGUUUCCUAACUUUUUUGAACAAAUCAGGCAUAUUGAAAAAUUUUCAAAAUUACAGUCAUUUUAUCAAACCAAAGAGAUUAAAGUAAAGAAUAUUGGGGCACUUAGCUUAAUAUUUGCUAAAUUUUCCUUCACCUUGGCUUCUAUUUUUUGUGGCAACUAACCGUUUAUCUCCACUAUCCUGUAUGAGUGGAUCAUCCUUUCUAAUUGAACUUCUGCACACUCAUUGCUGAUAAUAUCAAUAAAAAUGUUUUAGGUCUAAAGAGAGGCUUAACUCCUUGCUGCCUUCUCUCCUUGAUCUUUGAUUUGAGUGAGGCUUUUGCAAAAAACUAAGAAGUUUAUAUUCAGAAUAUUUGGAUAUACAUGUGUCCUUUCCAGGAAAACAGUCAAGUCUCCUUUUUCCUAAGUAAGCCUGCACAAGAAAUUCCUGAAGAUGAAUGUUUCAAUCCUACUGCUAAGCAUUCAUGAGAUACUAUAGUCUUUCCCUAACCUUUCACACAGUAAGAAUACACAAUUCUUCAGAAGUUCAUGAGAACUGGCUGGUACUUCAAAAAUUAAUUUUGAUUAGAUUUUUGAGAAAUUGCAGGUGAUUGCCAAGAACAAAGGGGCCAUCAGAAGAACUGCGAAGCAAUCAGAUUUAUUGAUACAGUAAUAAAAUACGUAUCUCAAGUAGGUUCUGGAUCAUUUAAACAAACCAACAAACUCAGAAUUAGAAUCAAUUUUUUUCACUCCAGAUCAAAUGUUCAGUUGCUUUAAUUGAAAGUAAGUGGAUAAAAAUGCAGGAAAUUUGGGAUAAGUGAAAUGUUAUUCGUGUUAAGUAGUCUCUUCUUUAAUAUUAGUAAUAAUAAUGACAACUUUGAAGCACUUCCCUGUUUACCAAUUGCCUUCCUUUUCCUCAUAUUUUUUGUAUUUAUUAUGAGUUGAACUGACCCACAUACUCCCCCUUUUUCCUUUUUGAUAACAUAUUUUAAGUGUGAUUGAUGCCAAUAUUUUUCUGCUCUUUUAUAGGAAAGCAUCAGGCAAUGGAUCAUUUAAUUUUGGGGGAGAAAGAUUAUACCAUGUAGUCACCAUUAGUUAGGAACAUUACUCUGUUUCAUUAGUUCAAAGAUGCUUGCUUCUCCACAUUUUAACAUCUCUGCAAGCGGGCCUAUUUUAAUUACAAUUGGCAGCAUCUGUGUAGUGAUAUACAUAAAAUAAUGCAGCAUCUUAAAACUCAUGGCCUCUUAGACAUGUUGAAAUUCACUAAUGUUUCCAGAAGUGCCAAAUUAUGGCCAAUAUUAUUACUUUUCAACAAACUCAAAAGUGAGAAAAAGAUACCCCAUCAGCUUGUUAGGAUUUAUAUGAAAUACUUGUUGACUAUGCAUUAUUUAAAAAUAAUGUAACUUUUACUUUGUGCUUUUUGAAAAUCUGAGACUUCUCUUAUAUAUGUUAUAUACAUACCUAGCCUUGCUUUCUUUUUUCCUGCUACCUACUUUUUAGUUCCAUCGUGAAUUGCAAACUGCUACUACGUAUCCCUGAUCUAAAAUAUUUUCUGGUUUCAUGUGAUUCAUAGUACUUAGUAGGUUAGAAGUUUGGC